AUGGUUUGCAGUGGAGAUUUUGGUAGCGUUCGCGGUGAGACGAUUGCACUGGGAUGGGCUAUUCCCGUUAAGAAGACGCUGAAUUUAACCGAAGAAAUGCUCGAUAAACUGCAUCACAAAUAUUGCACUGAGCUGACGAAUCUGUCCGAUGAAUAUAAAACCAAAUUUGGAAUAUCUGAAAAGAUUUCUUUGAAUUUAAUUGAUUUUCAGUGA